UUUGAUUAGCAAACGCACGCAAUUUUGACAGCUUCACUUUUGGCAAGCAAUCAGCAAAGAUUGUUCCUCGUUCAGUCUCAAAUCUUCGCUUGUCCAUCCAAGGAGUUAAAAAAAGCUGCACCUGCGCAUGAUGCUGAUUAACUGCCGGGACAAGUAACACACAAUCCAAUCAGCUUGGUUUGGGUAAAAGAUAACUUACGGAGAUUUGGCCUCGCACUGAACAACAAUGAACGAUAUCACAGCAUCAUUAGUUCUGAUCUCGGUGACCAUGGUCUUCUUAAUCGGACUCCAGCCGGUAUUGUCCUUACAAGAUUACUGGACCACCAAUCAUCCUGGAUGGAGCCAUAUGUAUCUGUAUGCAACCGGCGUUUUUUCGGCCGUUAUCGGUGUGCUUUUCCUUCUCCGUCGUCGCAUUUGGGCCAAGUACAUUAACUUGGAUAUGCAGGAGGAAUAUUCCCCUGCUUCUGCCGCAAAAAGUUCGACAGUGUCGUACCGGGCCAGAAACGGAAAUACCCGGAAAGCAUCUGAAGUGAAAUAUCCAGAUGUGUACUAUACUGCCACCCGACCAGCUUCAGUUAACAUCAAGCCGAUGCUUCGACUCUCUACCGAAAUUCAAAGUUUUGUCGAUCGCAUUGACAAAUAUACCGACCAUCUCGAACAAAUUCUUCAGCAGAAAACAACUGAAUUAUCGAAAAAUAAACACGAACUGGACUUGCUCCUGGGACAGCUACUCCCACCAACUAUAGCCCUCAGUUUCUCAAACGGACAAAGAGUGCAGCCGGCCACUUUCGAGUGCGUUACGGUUUACUUUUCCGAUAUCGUUGGUUAUACAACAAUAACGGACCAAAGUACGGCUCUCGAAAUGGUGGAAUUUCUAAAUACCAUCUACAGGAUAACGGACCGCAUUGUCGAGCGAUAUGACGCAUAUAAAAUGGAAACUAUUGGAGAUGCGGAUUUGAUAGCCAGCGGCAUUCCUACUCCUAAUGGCAGCAAGCAUGCUACUGAACUAGCCGGCUUUUCUUUGGACAUGAUCAAUGCUUAUACCGAUUUUCGGCUGCCUCAUCGUCCGAGUGAGACUGCCCAAAUUCGCAUCGGAUUACACAGCGGAAAAUGUAUGGCGGGAAUUGUCGGAAGCCGAAUUCCAAAAUACUGUUUAUUUGGAGAGGCCGUCAGCACUGCCGCAAAGCUAGAAGCAACAAGCGAGCCGAGCAAGAUUCACGUUAGUCCAACAACUGCAGAAAUUAUAACUAAAUCUGGAGGAUUUUCGUUGCAAAAACGCGGUGCUGUAAAGUUUAAGAAUGGCAAGAGUGCCGAAACGUUCUGGCUGCUCGGGAGAGAAAAUUAAGAAACUGCAAGGCUGUAAAGAACAGACAAAGCUAACAGACAAGACUUAUAUAAACCAAUGUAAUAUUCUGCGUCUACAAUGUCAUGAAGGGCAACCCACAGCACUUUUUUCUGCUUGGUUGUAACGGCUACUAACGGGAUGGGCAAAGUCAAGAUUUGGUCACAAGGUUCGCUGGUAUCAACACUCGAUGUCCUUUACAGUUUAAAUGGUGUCUUGCAUUUUGUUAUUCGCCAUGGGAAAAUGAUAUGUUAUUUGGCUUGUGGUUAUACUACAGCACUUUCAAACAAUUUCAUAAUGCUCCUUUC